AUGGAGGAUGGUGAAACCAUUACCGAUAUGCAAAAUCGAUUUUCUCAUCUAAUCAAUCAGUUAAAUGCUCUUGGUAGAACUACCCCUAAUGAUGUUGCUACUAAUAAAAUCUUAAGAUAUCUUAACAGGAAUUGGCUACCAAAGGUCACCGCGAUUAAGGAAGCCAAUGAUCUAAGAACAUCGGACAUGGCAACAUUGUUUGGCAAACUUCAAGAGCAUGAGCAAGAGCUCAUGAGCCUUGAUAAAAAUAAGAAGAGUCUAAAGAAGGAAAAGAAGGAAAAGAAGGAGAAAGUUAAGGACACCGAAAGAAAGUUUAUCGCUUUAAAAACUUCAAGAUAUAAUUCAUCCACCAAUGAUGCGUGUGAGAGUGGAUCAAGUGAUGACGGUAAAGAUUUGAAUGCAGACAUGAGGCUAUUUGUAAGGAGAAAGGUCGGUCAUUAUAAGACGGAUUGUCCCUUGCUGAAGAAAUACAAAGGAAAAGACAAACAUCACAAUAAAUAUAGCAAAGUUAGAAGAGCAUACAUUGCAUGGGAGAGUGAUAGUGAGUCCUCAAGCAAUGAUAAAUCAAGUGAUGAAGAAGAAAACACCAAUCUUUGUCUUACAGUUCAUCGAAAGAAGAAAAAGAAUGUAAGUCAUUCUAAAUAUGAUCAUGUUGAUAAAAUGUAUUAUUGUGAUUUGAAAAAUGCCUUUAGUACUCUACACAAUGAGGCCAAGGAAGCUUUCAAACGCCUAGCCUCAAAUAAUAAAAUUUUCUGCAAUUUAGAAAAGAAGAUUUCUGAUUCCGAAAAGGAAUUAGAAACCCUCAAAAAAUCAAUGAUAGAGGUUACUAAAGGCAAAACUGAAGAUGAUAAGGGAUUUUGGUUUGGAUGGUCCAGAUGUGAAACCUGUCACAUUUGGCAAAGAGAGGUUAGAACUCUUCGAGCCAAAUUAGACAAGGCUUUACAACCUAAAGUUGCCUUUGCUAUUGAUAUAUCACAUUUUAGAAGUGACAUGAAUAAUCCUUAUCAAAAAUACACUUAUGUGGUGGAAUGUCUUGAGGAUACAGAGAGAACAUGGAUUCUCGAUAGUGGAUGCUAA